UUCAGACAUUGCAAAUGCGAUUGAGUGAAUCCGAAACGAUGUAGGGCGUUUAUAUAACUAGCGACACUCCACGUCUUACGCAAUCUUCCGCAAGCAUUUGAAGUGAGAACGUACAGCCAAAAAAAAAGAAAAAAUGUCAAGACAUCGUAAUGUUAGAAAUCUAGACAUAGAUGAUGUUCUCGCCGAAGACGACUAUUCUGACGAGGAAGUAUACGAUCAGGCCGAGGGUGGUGGGAUGGAUCUCAGUGAAAUGUCUGAGGAAGACCGUACUGCCAUGGAUGAAGGUGUGGCCCAUAUUUAUAGUGUCAUCGGCGACGACACAUCGAUAUCCCUACAAACCAUUCAAGAGACACUAUGGUACUAUUAUUUUGACCAGGAAGAAUCUGUGAACUUCUUACUAGAUACAAUUGCAAAGCAAAAGAGCGCGCAGGCUAAAGAAGCAUCGAAAGCCGCAGCAUCAAAAGAUGGUGAUAUCAACCGAAUGAUACGACGACGACGAUUGGCGGCUCUUACUGCCUUACCAGACAACCAAAAAUGCAAUGGCCGACCCAUAACACCACCCACUGAUCGACCUGUAUCAUUACUCAGUAACAAUGGACAAACUUCCACGCGGAUGCGGCAAACACGGGGGACCGGAUCAAGCUUGUCGAAUCUGAGAAUGAAAAUGGCUAGCCAGAAAGCAGAUAGUUUAUCACCCUCAAAGACAAGCGUGGCGGCUGAAGGGACAAAUUUGAAGACUGGAGAAAAUUCAAGUACUCCAGGAAAGCUAUCUUCGUUGGCGAACACACGGCCUGGUGCACGACCAAGUGCAUUGUCGGCGCUUGCCCAGCAGUCUAAAGCGAAAAGUGGGUCAUCAUCACUUCAGCGAUUAGCAUCCCGCUCUCAAGCUGGCGGUGGCCAAGAAUCAAAAAGCAUUUUACCAAAAGUCUCCAAUGAUGCUGAUGUAGCUAGCUCUACAAGUGCACUGGCGAAACUGGCUCUGAAGCACCAAACUAAGCCUGCCAUGAAAGGUUUAGCUGCCUUGGCCACAUCUCGAAAAAGCCCAUCAUUUUCAGCAGCCAGUGCCUUACCAUCAUCCGAAACCACUGAUCAUGGCAUAGAAAAGCCACCUCCGACUGCAACAACACCACAGCGAUCAAGUAAUAUCAGUGCUGAGGAUAAAAAUAUACCAUCAACCAUGGCGGAAAAUGACAAGCAGUUCCAUCGCUCCCCGAACCCUGUUCAAACGUCAAAUGAGAUUCCAAAAGACAACAAAGAAAAAUUGACUUUUGGUUACCUUGACCAUCCAUUAUGUGCACCACCCUCUUCAGUGGCCGAAUUUCUCUUUACUCCGUUGAAGUCUAAUUUUGAGAGACUGGAAAUGUCUCAAUUAAAUAUCUCGACGGCAUCGAAGUCGUUGAACGCAACCAUUUACCAGAACAUCAUGCCAUCCAGCAAAAAUGUGAGAGCCUUCAAGUUUGAUGCACCGAGCCCGGAUGACACAGUUCGCAACGCACAAUCUCGACGAAAAGGAGUACUCACCAAGGGAUCCACUUAGGCUAUUCAGCUUAAUUUCCACACAUUUGAAAAUUGCUCUUUACCAGCCUAUUCCCUCUCACAUAUUCCCACCUUUUCCCCCUCUGCUUUACCAAUCCUUCUAUCUCAACAUUUUUUACUUCACCUUCAUUUGGCAACUGCUGCUGGUUACUAAUAAAACAUUUCCUCUCUUCCGCAUAUA